AUGGCUCGACUGAUCAGUUUAAUGAAUGGUUGUCAAACCAUGCAAGUUCUAGAGCAGGUGCCGACUGGUAAUGUGGCAUCCAAUCAAAACGUAUCAAACAGAACUUCUAACAUUAAACUUCCUCGGUUGAACUUACCAGUGUUCACUGGCAAAUAUUCUGAAUGGACACCAUUCGCUCAGAUGUUUCAGACUAUGAUUUCUGAAAAUAACAAGUUAUCCAAUGUCGAAAAAUUACAAUAUUUGCGAUCGUCAUUAUCAGGCGACGCAUCUGAUUCAGUCGAGUCAUUGGAGUUAACAGGCGAGAAUUUUAUGGUUGCAUGGCGUAUUUUAUCAGAGCGUUACGACCGAAUUCGUGUCAUUGUCCAGUCGCAUAUUCAAGCAGUUAUGGACAUUCCGUGCAUUAGGAAGGAGAGUCAUUCAGAACUUAAAUCACUAAUUAAUAUUACAAUAAAGCACGUGAAUGCCUUAAAGUCACUCAAACGUCCAGUCGACAAAUGGGAUGAUAUUCUUAUUCAAAUUCUAGGUAAUAAACUUGACUCUAAGACCUUUCGUGAUUGGGAGGAUACGUUACAGUCUGAUCAAAUACCCACCACUGAUCAAUUCAUAGAAUUUGUGUUGAAGAAAUGUAAUACACUCGAGUCAGUUAGCAGCAAGGAGAAUAUCUCCACCAAUGGUAAGGCCAAUCAAGGUAACUCUCGUAGGUCAGCCAUCAGUUGUGCAGCCUCAGUAAGUUUAAAAUGCACCUUUUGUAAUAAGAAUCAUCUUAUCUAUUCGUGCCAGGCUUUUUUAACACUGUCAGUUGUACGUAGAUUGGAGGAAAUAAAGAAACGUAAGCUGUGCAUAAACUGUCUCAAAUCCAAGAAUCACAUAGCAGCGCAAUGUACUUCUGGUACAUGUAGAACCUGUCAACUAAAGCAUAACACUCUUUUACACAUAGACAAACAGGGCAGCUCAAGGUCUAUUACGACGGAUGGAUCACCGUCCAAUCAGCCUGGGGCAUCUGAAACAGUCAAUUCUCAGACAGUAGUCACUCAUCACAUGAGCAAUUGCGAUAACAAGUAUGUGAUGCUGUCAACUGCAUUAGUCGAUGCAUUGGAUGCUGCGGGAAAGAGGGUAUCAUGUAGGGUGUUAUUGGACAAUGGUUCACAGGCUAAUUUAGUUACACGAGAAUUCUUAUCCAAGCUAAGUGUCACAACCAAACAACAUCAGGUAUCUAUCGUCGGGAUAAAUCAAUUAGUUAGCAGCGCAAACGAAAUCGCCACUAUUAUAAUUCAGUCGCGCACUAACAGUUUUCGCUUAAGCAUAGAUUGUAUAGUUACGGAAAGAAUUACCGGAUCGAUUCCAAUGGUACAUAUCAAUAAACGAGCUAUCAAUCUGCCUAAAAAUAUUAGACUUGCAGACCCACAAUUCAAUGUACCAUCAGAGGUUCAAUUGUUGUUAGGUGUUGAUGUUUUUUGGCAAUUGUUGUGUAUCGGUCAAAUCAAGUCAUCUUCAAAUAAUCCUACUUUACAGAAAACACAUCUUGGAUGGAUUCUAGCAGGAUCCAUCAACAAUACAUAUUUAAAGAGUAACAGUCAAGGAGACACGAUCACGAGUUGCUUAACGUCUGUAGAUAUUUCCAACAAUGAGCUUGAACAUUCAUUAACAAAAUUUUGGGAGUUUGAACAUAAUCUUUCGAAUCAAGUCACUCUAUCACCAAGUGAGCGUGAAUGUGAAGAACACUUCUUAACAACGAUUGCAAGAGAUGAUGAAGGUCGAUUCAUUGUCACCUUACCGAUCAAAUCCGCACAACUUCAGCAACUUGGUGAAUCUAGAAGCAUAGCGUUGCGCAGGCUAUAUAAUUUAGAGAAACGAUUCAAACACAAUGUUCAGUUACAAACUGAUUAUACGAAUUUUCUACAAGAAUAUUUAAAAUUAGGACAUAUGCGCUUAGCAGACGAUUCAAGUGUUAACGAUGAUACAACGCGAUUUUACUUACCACAUCAUUGUGUAUUUAAGCAAACAAGUACUACAACCAAGCUUAGGGUGGUAUUUGAUGGAUCCUGUAAAUCCAGUACUGGUGCUUCAUUAAAUGACAUUCUAAUGGUAGGUCCAGUGGUUCAGUCAGACUUAUUCUCAUUGCUCGUACGAUUUCGCACAUAUGAAUAUGUUUUCACUGCAGAUGUAGUGAAAAUGUAUAGACAGAUUCUUGUCAAUCAGUCGCAGCUAUCGUUGCAAUCUAUACCGUGGCGAGAUCAUCCCACUGAAUCAGUUCGUACUUAUGAGCUGAAAACUAUCACGUACGGCACUGCUUCUGCACCGUAUUUAGCAACUAGAUGUCUAAAAUAUUUAGCAGAGAUAUAUCACAAUAAAUUUCCAGUAGGUGCACAGGCAAUAAUUAAUGAUGUUUACGUUGAUGAUGUCUUGACUGGUGCGCGAUCGUUGUCUGAAGCAAUAUGUAAGCGUAAUCAAAUCAUUACCAUAAUGUCAAAGAGUGGUUUUGAGCUCAAUAAAUGGUUUUCUAAUGACAUCAGACUUUUAGAGGGACUCCGGUCUACAGGUGGUCAGGAAAAUGUUCGUCUAACCGAGAGUUCUACGAUUCGCAUACUUGGAAUGCAAUGGAAUCCACAUGAGGAUUCAUUUUGUUAUACAGUUAAUGUGGGAGACAUGCAUUCAAAUGUUACAAAAAGAAACAUGUUGGCUGAAGCGUCAUGCCUAUUCGAUCCGUUAGGUUUUAUCGGACCAGUCAUCCUCAUAUCAAAGCUAAUGAUACAGGAAUUGUGGAGAUUGCAAUUAGACUGGGACGCUUCGGUUCCGGUAAACAUACAUUCACGUUGGUUAGAUUACAAGACACAAAUAUCUAAACUAGUUGAGCUACGUAUUCCACGAAUGAUUGGCCCAACUAUGGAAACACUAGAAGUUCAAUUUCACGGAUUUGCUGAUGCCAGUCAGCAUGCAUACGGAGCGUGCUGUUAUUUAAGGAUACGUAACUCGCACAAUGAUUGUCAUACACAUUUAUUGGCAUCCAAAUCGCGAGUUGCACCAGCAAAGGCAAUAUCACUACCGCGUUUAGAGUUGUGUGCAGCCUUGCUGUUAGCUCAGUUGCAAGUAAGUUUACUUAAGGCAAUUGAAUUUCAACCACAUCAAAUAUAUCUGUGGACUGAUUCCACCAUUACCUUGUCAUGGAUCAAAUCAAGCUCUUACAAGUUUGCAACAUUUGUAUCUAACCGUAUUGGAGAAAUUCAGAGACUAACCAAAAUCAAAGAUUGGCAUCAUAUUUCCACUAAACAUAAUCCUGCAGACAUCAUUUCUCGUGGGGCAAGCUCUUUGGAUUUAAUGCAAUCGAAAUUAUGGUGGAAUGGUCCAGAAUGGUUAUCGUCGGACGAAAAGGAUUGGCCUGAUAAUCAUCCACAAUACCCGGAGACGUUACCAGAUCAAGUAAAGGUCAAUGUACACGUUGUCAAACAAACAUUGGAUGUAUUUGAGAAUUUAAUCGUUAGAUAUCCUAGUUUUGGAAAGUUAAUUAGAGUAUUGGCAUAUGUAUUUCAAUUCAUUCACAAUUGCAGAAAUCCCUUAGAGAAACAUACUGGCGUCGCAACAGUGCAGGAUAGAGAGUGUGCAUUGCAGGCGUUGUGUAGAUAUGUGCAGCAUCAAUAUUUCGAUUCAGAAAUACAGGAAUUAAUUCGUGUAGGAGUAAUAUCUAAAACAAGUAAAAUAUUAUCUCUUAACCCGUUUUUGGAUCGGAAUGGAUUAUUGCGAGUAGGUGGUCGUUUGAGAAAUUCUGACAUAUCGUACGAAGCUAAGCAUCCAAUUUUGCUACCUAAGGACCAUAUGAUUACUAAGUUGAUCAUACGUGAUGAGCAUAUUAAGAAUUUGCAUGCAGGAAUUCAAUUAACAUUGUAUGCAGUCCGUAGCAAAUUUUGGCCAAUUUUAGCUAAAGUAACUACUCGCGAUGUCAUAAAAAACUGUAUAAUAUGCUUUAAACUUAAGCCUACUAUUUCACAAAGUGUCAUGAGCGAUCUUCCGAGUACACGAGUGACUCCGUCACAUCCAUUUACACAUACUGGGCUGGACUUCGGUGGUCCGUUCAUCAUAAGGGAGCAUAAGCGUCGUAAUGCAAGGAAGCUCAAGGCGUAUAUAUGCAUUUUUGUAUGUUUUUCCACCAAGGCUAUGCACAUAGAGUUGGUGGCUGACUUAACAUCAGAGGCCUUCUUGGCUUCACUUAAACGGUUCAUGGCGCGAAGAGGCAAGGUUGCAUGCCUGUAUUCGGACAAUGGGACGAAUUUUGUAGGAGCAGCUCGAGAACUCAAUGAGUUGCAUAGGAUGUUCACUGAGGAACAAGUACAGCGCAAAUUAAAUGACUUCUUUUCAGAGACUCGAAUUCAGUGGCAAAACAUACCUCCCAAUGCUCCGCACUUUGGCGGACUGUGGGAGGCAGCUAUCAAAUCUGCCAAGUAUCAUAUGAAAAGAAUUAUUGGCAAUGCAUCUCUUAAUUACGACGAAAUGUCAACUGUAAUCACUGAAAUUGAGGCUAUUCUGAAUUCGCGUCCCAUAAGUCCAAUGUCAAAUGACCCGAAUGAUGUUCAAGCGUUAUCACCGGGCCACUUUCUUAUUGGUCAACCGUUAAAUAGUUAUAGUCAUCCAAAUUUAGAAGACAUUCAGAUAAAUCGUUUAAGUCGAUGGCAAUUGGUAGAAAGGCUGCGUCAACAUUUUUGGCAAAGGUGGCAGAUUGAAUACCUCAAUAGCUUGCAAGGUAGAAGCAAAUGGAUGAACGACAAGGGCCAAUCUCUUGAGACAGGACAGUUGGUUAUAAUUCAACAAUCAGGGUUAGCACCAAUGCAGUGGUUAAUGGGACGUGUGUUGAGUGUAAAUAGAAGUUCAGAUAACAAAGGACGAUCAGCUCAAAUUAAAACCAGUAAUGGUGUUGUCACUCGUCCAUUAGCGCGCUUGGCUAUACUACCAGUAGACACUAAGGCAUAA